GAGAGCUGCUCCAAAGACUGACAAAAGAUUUCCUGCCCGGAGUGACAAGAAAAUCCUCACGCCCCUUCCUACGUGAAUGCUUUACGCGGCGCCUAACCGUGGGCUGGUUUCCCAGAGAGAACCGGUGUCCUAGAUCUCUCUGGACCCCGGGAAACUCUCCUCAGACCCGGUUUCCUGGCAGUGGGCCUGGGAGAGUCAGCAGUGAGCAGCGCAGCGGUGGGCACCGCAGCCUGGCUUCCCUGGAACUUCCCAGGUGUCACACUCCUCAGCCAGUUCUGCUCACCUGUGAGUUUGAACUAAGAGCCCUGGAUGGUGAAGAGAAGAAGCUGUAGCAAAGGAUCCAGAGUUCCCAUGGACACGGAGUCUCUUCACAGCAGUCAACUCUAACUAAGACAACAUUCAUCAAGGAGCUACUUUCCCAGAACACAGUAUUGCUUCAACAUCUAUUUAUCUUGCCUUCUGCAUGGCACACAGUUAAGGAUUCCAGUCUAUAUUCCUGAGUCAGAAACUUAAAGAAGAACAAGAAAAAAGAUGAAUGCUUCUCUGGUAAGUACUCCCCCAGUCAGUGUCCUGUCCACAUUUCUUUGAAAAUUACUUUUAUUAUUUAAACCAUUCAAGACUUUAGUUCUCUCGCUCUGGCAAACCUAUCUAAAGUGUUUUCUGUGAUUUAUCUUUGUUCUCCUCCAAUAAUAAAAAUUAAGUCUUUUCAUCUUUUACUUAUAUGGAAUAAGCGCAGCCUUGUCCCAUUGUAUUUUCACUGGAUUUAACACUGUGAGGACAUACAUUUACAAAGACUGAAGACCUGUAGUUCUGAAAGAGAAUAAAUGUAUUGUAAAUGAUGUUCAAAGAGUGUAUUGAUCACUAAUUUCUACAUUGGAUGGACUUGUGUCCUUUAAUAUUAAUGAGAAAGUACAGUUUCAUGUGCCACAUAAAGUAUAUUUCAGGAUUAGUUAAGUUUCCAGAAACUACCUUGUGACUGUGGAUUUGCACAGAUCUAGACACUGAUAUCACUGAGCAAUACAGGAAGAGCAGAAAUUAUGGAAAAGUAGAAUUAGAAUACACUCACUAUUUUGAAUCCGAAUAGUAAAUAUAUCAGUUCACUAGUGGCAGAGAUGAUGUAAGGAAUAUGUGGCUUUCUUUUCGUAUAAAACAUAUGUGUUUCAGAGGAGAUGCAGAUUACAGUAUUCUGGUAUAUCUUUUUGGCAUUUUAUGUCUCAUCGUGAUCAUUGGCGUUCACACAUGAAAUCAUAGAAGAGAUUCUGCCCAGUCUCAGGAUGCCUGUAGAGCUCAGAAGAGAUCAUUGGAUUUCAAAAAUUGGAAUGAAAAAUCUGUUGUGAAGUUUCAGGCAGGAUCUGGGAAACAACUUUGGAUUAUAGACUCUAAACUGCAGACACAUUUUCAAAUAAUGUGAUGAUGGCAAGUCCUUCAUCUGCUGAUAAAGUCUUAGAAAACAUCAGAAAAUUCAUGAAGAGGAGAGACCUUAUAAAUGGUCUGUUAACCUUCAAGGAUGUGGCUGUGGACUUCUCAGAGGAGGAAUGGGAAUGUCUUGACCAUGCUCAGAGGAGAUUGUACUUGAAUGUGACACUGGAGAAUUACAGAAAUCUAUUUUUUGUGGAGAAUCAUCACAUAUGUCAUAAAUAUGAGAAUGUUCAAGACACACAGCAUAUUGUUGAUGAGCAUGUGAAUAUCCAUGAGAAGUCUUAUAAAUGUCAUAAGCUUGGCAAAAUCAUUCAUAAAUCCAAUGAAUGUACACUUUAUAAAACUAACCUUGAGGAUACAUCUAUUAAAUCAUCAAAACUAAACAGACAUGAAACCGGAAACACCAGAGAACCUUGCCAAUCUAAAAACUGUAUAAACUGUUUAAAUUUGUGUUCUGGCAUUAAUUUAAAUCAAGCAAUUCACAUAGGAAAGAAAAAACACAAUGAUACAGCAAUUGAUAAGGUUUUUCACUCUAAACAAAAGCUCAUGCUGAAACAAACCAAUAGUGGAAAGAAACCUUACAAAUGUAGAGAAUGUGACAAAUGCUUCACCAAGAAAUGUGAUCUUGGUAUUCAUCAGAGAAUUCACACAGGGGAGAAACCUUACAAAUGUAGUGAAUGUAUUAAAUCUUUUACCCAGAAAUGCAAUCUUAGAAGACAUCAGAGACUUCAUACAGGAGAGAAACCUUACAAAUGUAGUGAAUGUGACCAAUGCUUUACCCACCAGUGUAGUCUUGUUAUUCAUCAGAGAAUUCAUACAGGAGAGAAAGCUUACAAAUGUAGUGAAUGUGACAAAUGCUUUACUCGCAAAAGUGACCUUAGAAGUCAUCAGAGAAUUCACACAGGAGAGAAACCUUAUAAAUGUAGUAAAUGUGACAAACAUUUUACCACUAAAGGUGAACUUAAAAGUCAUCAGAGAAUUCAUAUAGGAGAGAAACCUUACAAAUGUAGUGAAUGUGGGAAAUAUUUUACCCAAAAAGGGAGUCUUAUUAUUCAUCAGAGAAUUCAUACAGGAGAGAAACCUUACAAAUGUAGUGAAUGUGACAAAUGCUUUACCCAAAAAUGCAGUCUUAUUUUUCAUCAGAGAAUUCAUACAGGAGAGAAUCCUCAUAAAUGUAGUGAAUGUGACAAAUGCUUUACCCUCAAAAGUGAUCUUAGAGUUCAUCAGAGAAUUCACACAGGAGAGAAACCUUACAAAUGUAAUGAAUGUGACACGUCUUUUAUCAAGAAAUCCAAUCUUAGAAGACAUCAGAGAAUUCAUACAGGAGAGAAACCUUACAAAUGUAACGAAUGUGAAAAAUCCUUUACCCACAAAUGCAGUCUUAGUAUUCAUCAGAGAAGUCAUACGGGAGAAAGACCUUUCAAGUGUAGUGAAUGUGACAAACGCUUUACCAACAAAGGCUACCUUGUAAGUCAUCAGAGGAAUCAUACAGGAGAGAAACCUUACAAAUGUGAUGAAUGUGACAAAUGCUUUACCCACAAAUGCAGUCUUAGUAUUCAUCAGAGAUCUCAUACAGAAGAGAAGCCUUACAUAUGUAGUGAAUGUGGUAAAUUCUUUAGCCACAAAAGUAGUCUUCACACUCAUCAGAGAAUACAUACAGUAAAUUUACAAAUGAAGUGAAUGAGACAAAUUCUAUACCAAGAAUAUACCAGAGCAUACAUAUUGGAGAGAAACCUCACAAACUUAAUGUAAGA